GCCGAGCUGGCGUGCUGAGGUGCGGUGCCGCUUUCCGCGCUCCUGCUCUUCCCGGCGUUGUUAGGGUCGUGCUUUGUGCUCGUGGUCGCUGCUCCCGCCGACUCCUUCUGUCCUCCUUCUUCCCUGGGGCCGAUCCAGCAGCAGACUCACAUGAGCUUCUCAGGUGUUGCCUAAUGGAAUUGCUUGGACUUCUACCACUCUAAAAGAAGAGAUUUUUAUUCUACACGGUCAGCUCUGGGGGACUGCCCACUCAUUACUUGCAGAAAGUCUUGCAUACUUGGCAGAAAUGAUUAUAGCCCUGCCACACCCCAGCGUGCAACAUGUGGCUAUUUUAUUUUCAGAAGGGAUUUAUGACACAAAGGUUCUUGCAUCGUGAUCACUGGCUUUGUGAAACAGCCUUAGCAGAGCUUGCUUUCUCACUUGAUUCUUGGAAACUGGAGAUUAUUUCUACAGUACUAGAGGUCACACUUCAAGUCUGGAGAAGGGAAGGCUCAGGGGAGACCAUAUAGCAGUCUACAACUACCUGAAAGGAGGUUGUGGUGAGGAAUUUCUAUGGGAUGCAGAUCAUGCUACUGAAAUGCACUAGGGUAAAGGAUGUGUUCUGCAUUUCUCUCAGGAGUCUUCCAAUACAUUUGCUUAAUUACCUUUUAAUGACAUUCUAAGUGAGCUGAUGUGAAAUAAAUGACCUUGAAUCAUGAGUGAAGAAAAAAACUUUGGUGUAUCCCAGAAAAUGUUGUCUCCUUCAAGAAGCACUAGCAGCUGCUCCUCUAAGCAGGGAAGUCGACAGCAGGACAGCUGGGAAAUUGUAGAAGGACUCCGGGGAGCAAUGAAUUGUACCCAGGAACCACAGAAACAGGAAGGCUGCUUGCUGAAAAAAAGAAAAUGGCCUUUGAAGGGCUGGCACAAGAGAUACUUCUUUUUGGACAGAGGGAUUUUGAAGUAUUCUAAAUGCCAAGCUGAUAUAGAGAGAGGGAAACUUCAUGGCUGUAUUGAUGUUGGACUUUCUGUCAUGUCUGUAAAGAAAUCAACAAAAUGUAUAGACUUAGAUACUGAAGAGCAGAUAUAUCAUCUGAAGGUGAAAUCUCAGGAGCUGUUUGAUGAGUGGGUGGCAAAGCUUCGUCAUCACAGGAUGUAUCGUCAGAAUGAAAUCUCCAUGUUUCCUCAUGACGCCAAUAAUCUUUUCUUCCCAGUAUCUACUACUGUGGAUUCUGGCCCUGGUCUGUGUGAUUUGACUCCAAGUAGAAAGGCAGGAAGCUUGACCAAACAAAACUCGCUGUCAGCUGGUGGUAAUUUGUCAUUUUCCUUUUCGAGUAAUGAGUCGAGGAUUCCAUCUUGGCUGCAGUCUUCUGAAGACAUGGAAAAAUGCUCAAGAGAUCUGUCCACUUGUCACGCAUAUUUACUGGAAAUGAACCAGCUGUUACAGAGCAUGGAUGUCCUUCACAGGACCUAUUCAGCGCCUGCUAUAAAUGCUAUGCAGGUUGGACCUUUUGAAAGCCCAAAGAAGGAAAAGAGAACACAUAGGAGGUGGCGAUCUAGAGUUGUUGGGAAAGAGGCUAAGGGAACAUUACAGGUGCCUUCAGUAUUUUCUGCCCCUAUGAGACUACAUGCUUCCAAUCCUAACUUAUCUACAAUAGAUUUUGUAGAAGAGAAAAACUACUCUGAUGGCUCUGAAACAUCAUCAGAAUUUACUAAAAUGCAGGAGGACUUAUUUCAUAUUGCACAUAAAGUGUACUUCACCUUGAAGUCAGCUUUCAGCAGCAUAUCUACAGAGAGGGAAAAGCUGAAGCAGAUGCUAGAGCAUGAGGCAUCAUCAUCUCCAUCUGCACAAAUAGUUGGCUUGAAGAAUGCCUUAACGUCUGCAAUAGCACAAAACACAGAUCUAAAAGACCGGUUACGCAGAAUACAUGCCGAAUCUAUGAUCCUUGAUUCAGCAUCUAAUGCAAAAUCAAGUCCAGAUUUGGUGAAGGAAAAUUCAAGAGAAGAAAACAGAGGUCUGGUUCACCAGAUCUCCAAUGAAAGCAGACUGUCUAUUGCUGACUCUCUUACAGAAUUUUUUGAUGCACAGGAAGUCCUACUGUCUGCUAGUUCUUCAGAAAAUGAGGUAUCAGAUGAUGAUUCAUACGUAAGUGAUAUCAGUGAUAAUGUCUCAGAAGAUAACCUAAGUAAUGACAUAGAGAAUGAAAGACAAACUUUAGACUGUAUUUCUGAAAGUGGAAUUGGAUGUCAUUCUAAAAGGAGAACAUGUUUACCAGCUCCAUGUCCCAAUACUAGUAACAUCAGCCUAUGGAAUAUCUUAAGAAACAACAUAGGAAAGGAUCUCUCCAAAGUGGCCAUGCCUGUGGAAUUGAAUGAGCCACUUAACACCCUUCAGCGUCUCUGCGAGGAGCUGGAAUACAGUGAGCUACUAGAUAAAGCAGCUCAUACACCCAACCCAUUUGAACGGAUGGUAUAUAUAGCUGCGUUUGCAGUAUCUGCAUAUGCAUCCAGUUACUACCGAGCUGGAAGCAAGCCAUUUAAUCCUGUUCUUGGAGAAACCUAUGAAUGUAUUCGUGAAGAUAAGGGUUUCCAGUUCUUUGCAGAACAGGUCAGUCACCAUCCACCUAUUUCUGCAUGUCAUGCUGAAUCUGUGAAUUUUGCUUUUUGGCAAGAUGUAAGAUGGAAAAACAAAUUCUGGGGAAAGUCCAUGGAAAUUGUUCCCAUUGGUACAACACAUGUAACUCUUCCAGCUUUUAGAGACCAUUUUGCAUGGAACAAGGUGACAUCUUGCAUCCAUAACAUCUUAAGUGGGCAAAGAUGGAUUGAACACUAUGGAGAGAUCAUCAUCAAAAAUCUUAAUGACGACACUUGUUACUGCAAAUUGACUUUCAUAAAGGCAAAGUAUUGGAAUCCAAAUGCACAUGAGAUCGAAGGCAGUGUCAUGGAUAAAACGGGGAAUGUUGUGCAUCGACUCUUUGGGAAGUGGCAUGAAAGUUUGUACUGUGGGACAACUUCAUCUCCAAAUUGCAUAUGGAGAGCAAAUCCAAUGCCUAAAGACUAUGAACAGUGGUAUGGAUUUACUCAGUUUGCAUUGGAGUUAAAUGAACUGGACCUGCAAACAAGGUCACUGCUCCCAUCCACUGACACACGCUUUAGACCAGACCAAAGGUUUCUAGAAGAAGGGAAUAUUGAAGCAGCUGAAAUGCAAAAACAGAGAAUUGAGCAGCUACAGAGAGAACGACGGAAGGUGCUGGAAGAAAACAAUCUAGAGCAUCAGCCUAGAUUUUUCAGGAAAUCCAAAGAUGACUCCUGGGUGAGCAAUGGAACCUACAUGGACCUUAGGAAAGAACCGGGUUUUUCCAAACUGGACAAUCCUGUCCUCUGGUGAAAGAGGAGCCAAGUGAAGAUAUUCCAUGCUGUACUCCUGGAUCUGAUUUUUAAAAAGUAUAUAUAUAUAUACUUUUGUAUGUGUAUAUAUAUAUACACACAUAUAUUAUAUGUGU